AUGGAUCCCGACACUCCGAUACAGAAUCAGACCGAAGGGGCCCAGCUCUAUGAGUUCGUAUAGCAGUGUCCCUAUGCCAGAAGCUUACUAAUCCUUGAUCUAGGAAGCUCAAGACCGAGCGACUUAUCCGAAUCUUCCCCGGAUCGCAGAACGAACCAAUUCUCCUGUCGGAGCAGCUGCUUCGGUAGGCUUCGCCGCGCUUUGCCGAGUGCCUCAACAACGCCUGCCCCGAGCAUAGAGAUGACCUGCCAUUCCCCUUAGAGAGUAGAGAGGUUUGGGAGAUCAUCGCGUACUGGAUCCUGAAGCGCGACAUUACCUACCCUAACCUAGGUAAGGCCCAGGACGGCGAGCGACGCAUUCUCCUUCGGCUCUGUAAAGCCUAGGUCGCUACGGGAGAAUACAGGAUGCCAGGCUUGCAGAAUCGGCUCAUGAUCGAUAUCCUCGUCUACCUCGACGACGAGCGCGCAGUCGGUAUGUUAACGGCAAGCUGGGUCUCUCUUUAUACCGAGCCUAGCGCGCCUCUAAGACGUGCAGUCCUAGAGAACCUAGCUAUAGAGUACGACUCUGGCCGCAUCUCCGACGAGGAUCUCGAUGAUCUUAAUGACGCGUACGCGGAUCGUGUCUCGAUCUCUGUCUUCAAGGCGUACAAGACCGCGAUUCACAAGUUCCUACAUGGGCGUCGUCCGCCCGUAGUACAGUCCCUAGAGGAGUACCAGGUUCCGGCUUGA